GCGGCCCUUCAUAACGCGCCCCGCGCGGGCUCGGGCACAAUCGGGGCUCCCCGCACUCCCGCAUCUCCUCCGAUUGCUCCAGGCGCCCGCAUCCGCAGCGGAGCCCACAGGACCUCGCCGCCAGCCCUGGGACAUGGAAGUCUCCGCCCGGCCCCGGCUCCCGCACCCCGAGAUCGCCGUCCCGCGGACGCUGCUCCUUGGCUGGGUCCUUGCCCAGGUGGCUGGGGCUGCGGGCACCCUUGAUAAAGCAUAUAAUUUAACUUGGAAAUCAACUAAUUUCAAGACAAUUUUGGAGUGGGAACCCAAACCCAUCAAUCAUGUCUACACUGUUCAGAUAAGCUCUGGAUUUGGAGACUGGAAAAACAAAUGCUUCUCCACAAGGAGCACGGAGUGUGAUGUUACGGAUGAGAUUGUCCAGGACAUCUACCAGACAUAUGAGGCCCGGGUCCUGUCUCACCUGCCCAGGAACUUAAAUACAGAUUCCAUUGGGGAACCUCCCUCGGCAAACUCUCCAAAGUUUAUACCUUACCUGGACACAAAACUUGGGCAGCCAACAAUACAGAGUUUUGAACAAGUUGGAACAAAACUGAAUGUGACAGUGCAAGACACACAUACGUUAGUCAGAAGCAAUGGCACGUUUCUAAGUGUACGUGAUGUUUUUGGCAAAGACCUAAGUUAUACGCUUUAUUAUUGGAAAGCCUCAAGUACAGGAAAGAAAACAGCCAAGACAAACACUAAUGAAUUUCUGGUUGAUGUGGAUAAAGGAAAAGGCUACUGCUUCAGCGUUCAAGCUGUGGUUCUAUCCCGAAAAGUCAACCCAAAGAGUCCAGAAAGCGUCUUUGAGUGUACCAGCCCAGAGAAGGGCGCCUUCAGAGAAAUGCUCAUCGUGGGAGCAGUGGUCAUUACGGCGGUCAUCUUGAUCGUGGUCCUGUCUGUCUCCCUGUACAAGUGCAGGAGAAGCCGGCGGGGGAGGAGUGGGAAGGAGAACUCACCACUCAACGUGGCAUAGAGAAAGUGUGGGCCACACUGCACCUGCUUCUCAGCACUGGGGCCAGGAAUGUGUGAGACUGUAGGAUAUACAGAAACACAAGAAGGAUUUGGGUGUGAGUAGAAUAUAUGAAACACAAUGAGGACUGGAGAGUGUGAAGGCCCUGGGCUUCACAGAUGUCCUUCUGUGACCUGUUCACUACAGUCAGCAUUCUGAUCUUGACAACAGUGGUAGUCAUUUUGCAAUGUAACCAACGGUACAGCUCACCCUGACACGGUUGUCACUUUUACUUUAACACUAUGGCAGCUCUUGCAGAGAUUGUGCCUUCAACAGUCUAUUCCGAACUCCAGGCGUCCAUGUGAAAGACAUGCAUGGGAGACAUCCUGGGUGGACCUGCCAGGGAGUGUUUUGAGAAACUGGCUUCAAAGACUACGGGGAAAUGAAGUGGAAAGUGGGUAGAAUUUUCUAGCAUCCAUAUUUUUGUAACGUGGUGUUUAGGUUUGGGGUUUUGUUUUCCCCUUGGAAGUUGAAAGCAAUUGUCAGGCUUUAGUAUUGGACUAUUGUAGGGGAUCUCUACUUUGGGCACUUUUAUGAUAUACAUCACAAUUUAGCACUUUAACUGACUGAAGUGGUGUUGAUCAACUUUUGACAGCUAAUUAUAUUUUUAUAAGAUUAUUAUUCCAAAGAAACUACAGAGUUUAUGAUUUAAGGUACUUAUAGGUUGUAUGGUUAACAAUGUAUAUAUUUAUAUAAUUUUUAAAUGGUUUUGUAUAUGGGAAUAUUCUAUUUAUAUAGGUGUUAUUUGUAUAUAUGGAGAUAAUUUAUUUAAUAUACUUUUAUAUAAAAGGUGUCUGGGAAUUGAAGUGAUCGUAUUUAUUGUGUCUUGUCUUUAUUAUUUAUGGUUUGGUUUUUGCACUGGUCAGCUCUGCUGCAGUAAGUAAUAAUCCUGAAGCUUUCACUGCCCUAUGACAUUUCUUCAUCUUUCACUUGUGCUACACUUUGGUAACUGUCAGUUAAAUCUAGCUGUGAGAAGAAACAAUCUUUUCCAUCUAAUUCAAAUGUCUCCAGCUUGUAACCAGCCAUCAUUGUGUACUGAUAUUUUCUGGCACUGAUAUUUCCUGGUACUAUUUGUAACUGUCAUCGGUGGUGUUUGUAACCAGCCAUGCCAAGGGUAUGAGUUCUUACCAAUGGAGUGAAAACAUAGGGUGGGAACUUUCCACUGACUAUCAACCUCCAGCUUUCACCAUUCCCAGCCCCCUUGGCAGCCUCUGCGAAGAGAAGAAUGUAUGCCUUUGCCUCCCAAAAGACAGCCCCUCUCCCCAGCAGGGACCUUUCAGUGAUGAUUCGAACUUUCUUAAAUUACCCUGUCAUCACCCUGAUAACCAAUAAAGAAAAUGUGAGCCUGACUCCUUAGCAACAAGGGACAACAUCAUCCCUUGGGCUAGGAUAAAAACCAAGCAGACCACUCCGCCCCGUGUGCCUGCCUAGCUCGGGGGAGAGUGUCAGAUCACCCUUGUGUACAGAAGUAAAUUGCCUGGGUGAAAUCACCUGUCUCAUGUGUCAGUUCAUUUUCUGACACCAGAGCGUUGUGUGUUUCCCACAUAGCUCCUCACAGUGCCUUCACAUUGCAAGACCCCAAACCAAGCACAAGUCUCUCUUUGGAUUGGGGCUGAGAGAAAACCAA